AUGAAUUAUCGCAUUUUUCUUCUCUUCUGUACUACUACGGUACUAUGGUCCGUGGUAUCAACACAGCUGGUCCUCGGAAAACCUCCAAUCUUCCAAAAUACUGGUCCAGUGGAACAGAAAGUCGCCGUUGAAGGCGAAAUCGUCCGAUUAAAAUGCGACGACGCUGAGCUCGCCGAGCAAUACGAAUGGCGAGUCGGUGAUGCGUCUGGCGAUUUGAUUGCCGCUUCUAGAUUCGCCCAAGUCACGGUUUCCCGAACGAACGACAACCAAAAGUACCGAUGCGUGGCGAGGAACACAGUUGGCGCCGCCAUUUCCCCACCUUCUGUGGUUCGAUCCAAGUAUUUGGAUGAUUUCGAUGCAUCAGAUGAAUCUGCUCAAUAUGAUGUUCUGGCAGGAAUUGGCCGACACUUUGUUCUCCGAACACCACGUCUUCUGUCUUCACGAAACCUCGAUAUAUCGUAUUCUUGGAUCAAAGACGAUUCAAAUCAGGUCACUCCGGACGCAACGCACUUUGUGACAGCGAAUGGGGAUCUCGUGGUGACCAGUGUGAAACGAGAUGAUUUUGGAACGUAUAAACUGAUGGCUAGCAGUGAUGAUCUCAAAGAAAUUGUUUCCAAGGAAUACAUCGUCAAGGAUAAUGGCAUGGCACCAUCUCUCCAAAACACCCUCUCCAUCAUCUAUUUUUCACCGGAACGAACCAUCGUCGAAUCUUCUAUGCCACAUGAUGAAAAGUUCGAUUGUGUGACAUCGUUCGAAGCCAAAGAUGACGUUCGAAUCAGAUGGUUUUUGAAUGGUCAACCAAUUACUGGAUCUGAAGUUGGAAUCAAAACGACGAUGAACAAUCGGCGGCUUAUCAUCUCAAACCCAUCUGGAUUCACACGUGGAGAGCACAAACUUGAGUGUCGAGCAGACGCAGCGAUGGGAAGAACAUCGGAUCAGAAUUCGGCCUAUCUGACAUUCAUCAGUCGUCCAGUUCUCAAAGAUUUGCCAAAUGAGAUUCAUAAGAAAGUUGGAUCCAGUCUCACCCUAAAGUGUGGUGUGAAGAAGAAGAGUUCAAUGGAUAUCAAGUGGUACAGGAACGGAUUAAUGAUGAAUACACAACGAGGGAAAUUAACAAUUGAUCGUAUUCGACAAGAGGAUUUUGGAUUGUACCAAUGUGAAGCCGUCAACGAAGCUGGAGCUGAUAUGAGUAGUGUAUGGGUCAAAGAAGGUGAUAUCAACAAUGACACGAUGGUGAUGGGAAUGUCAGAAGAUGGACGGUCUCUGGAGGAAGAGAUUAGUAUGGAGACACCUCCGCCACGGAAGCUCAAGUUUUUCGAUAGCUCUAAAAGUCAGGAACAACUCUUCCCAUUCACUUCGGAUAUUGAAUCUUCUCAACGAUUGACCAAAACUCCAAAGGAUCUAACUGCUGCUUCUGGAACUGAUAAGAUCACUUUAGAAUGUGCUGCUGCUGGAAGUCCCCCACCACAUAUUGUCUGGUUUCUGAAUGGAAACGGAAUUCAAACGGACAGUGUGAAGUACGAUUUUUCAAAUGGAGAUCUUACAAUACACGAUAUACGAAAAUCUGAUGAAGGAGAAUACACAUGCGAAAUUAGUGGAACUGAUGUUAAAGCAUCAGCUAAUGUUCAAGUGAACGGUGACUCGUUGAUAGAAUACGGACCAGCUGAUCAAAAAAGUCUAAUCGGUACCAACGUUGAAUUUUCGUGUGAAGUAGCUAAAGAAUAUGCUAGAAAAGCAACAGUGGAGUGGUAUUUGAAUGACGCCUUACUGCCUGUCAACGGAAAUUCGGGGCUCAGAAUUUCUAGAAAUCGAAAAGGAAGUCUGAUUAUUCGACAAGUUGGACCUGACAAUACUGGAGAAUACAGAUGUCGUGUGACAGUCGAUGGGAGAGAGGAGAACGCUAGUGCCAUGCUUCAAAUUAUUGAGAAGCCUGCGAUGCCUGAACGUGUCCGCGCAGAACUCCAUAAUGAAACGAUGCCAGCAAAAGUUCGUGUUCGGUGGAAUGAGGGAUUCGAUGGAAAUGAGCCAAUUAUCAAGCAUGCUAUUGAGAUUCGAACUAUGGGACCAACGGGACUUUGGAGUGAUUGGACAACUGCCAUCGACAAUAUUCCAAAAGAUGACGGAAAACCAUGCUGCUGGGCUGACAUUGAGGAUUUAAGACCUUCCUCAACUGCAGAGUUCCGAGUAGUGGCUUCCAAUAAACACGGUCCUGGAAAACCAUCGCUACCAUCUUCCAGUGUUACCAUGCCACAGCAACCACCAUCAGCUGCACCAAGAAACGUUGCUGCAUCUGCCAGAUCUCCUCAUAGUGUUAUGGUUCAAUGGCAACAACCGAAAGAGGAACAGGAUAGUGGAGAUUUUCUCGGCUAUGUGGUGCGGUAUAGAUUAGCUGGAUACAGUUCUCUGACUUGGAACGAGAAGAAUCUGACUACAAAGGAUGCACGUAACACAUUGGUUGAUGAACUGAUAACAUGGAGAGAAUAUGAGAUCCAAGUAGCGGCUUACAAUAAAAGAGGACUCGGAGUUUUCAGUGAGAGUAUUGAAGUGACAACUGCGGAAGGAAGACCAACACAAGCUCCAAAGAAUGUCCGUGUGAAAGUACUCAACUCAACGGCAGUCUCAUUGGAGUUCACAGCUCCAGAACAACAGCGGAUUCCUGGAGUAAAUCUAGGUUACAAAGUACAGUUCUGGAAAGGAGAACCUGAAAAAGGAGAGCUUUACAAACAAGUGAUUCUUGAUCCUGAUCGACGCCAACUUAGUACUGUUGUCAACGAAUUGGAAAAGUUUGGCCACUACAACCUAACUGUUCUCUGCUUCACGACUCCUGGAGAUGGUCCAAAAAGUAAUAUUCUACGAGUAGUGACAGAAGAAGACACUCCAGAAGCUGUAGAUGAGUUGAGUAUUGCUGAAGUAAUGUAUAAUGGUGCUGUUCUAACAUGGAAUCCACCAAUGAAGGAGAAUGGAAUCGUUACUAAAUACACGAUUCGUCAUUGGGCAUCUAGUUCUCCCGAUGUGAAGACGAAGCAUGAAGUGGAUGGAUCAACUACAAACAUCACUAUAGAUGGAUUGCAACCAUCGACUCGCUAUGGAGUCGAUGUAAUGGCUUCAACGAAAAAAGGAGAUGGACCAGUAGAAGAGACGAAGUUUGAAAGUGGAGUGCCACCUGAGCUGCCAGGAAGACCAUCGAUGCUUUCCAUUGGAGAUAUUUCUGCAACGACGGUUCAACUUCAUUUUACUCCUGGUUUCGAUGGUCACACGGCUAUUCGUCAAUGGAUUGUUGAAGGAAAAAUGGCAGAUUCCAGUGUUUUCGCUCAUAUUUUCAAUGUUAGCUCUCCGAAGGCUCGCUCAAUUAUUGUCACUGGUCUCCGACCAUUCACUCAGUAUCAGCUAAGGUUGAUUGCUGAAAACGUAAAAGGACGUGGUGCGCCAUCGGAACCAUCAAGAACUUUUGAAACGCUACAAACGAAUCCGGAGACUCCAAGCCAACGACUUUUCACAGAACCAGUGUCUGCAACUUCUAUAUCAGUGUCCUGGACGCCUCUUCUUGCAACCCAUUGGAACGGACAGCCCAAAGGAUAUUUGAUUGUAUACAGAGAAGUAGAUGAAGAUAAUUGGAAAGAAGUUCGUACACCUGCACUACGGUCCAGUGAGCAUACAGUCACUGAUCUUCGCCCUUUUACCACAUACGAAGUGAACGUUUUCUCCGAAAAUGUGUUUGGAAGAAGUCUUCCGACAGAUGCAGUCAAGGCGAGAACAUACGAAAGUGUUCCAUCAGGAUCACCCAGAAAUAUUGUUGUGACUGCCGAAGGAUCGAAAUCUGCUAUUGUCAAGUGGGAUCCAGUUGCUGAGUUAUCCACAAAUGGAGAUGUGAUUGGGUACAAACUACGUGUUGUGCCAGAGAGAGAAUCUCUGAUGGCAGACGAAACAAGAGAAAUCGACGUUCCUGGGCAAUCAACACUGAUGACAAAAGUGUCGAAUCUCCGCCCAUUCACUAGUUACUACGUAUACAUGUCUGCGUACACAAUUGUUGGAAAUGGUCCGGAGAAUUCCACUCCCCUCUCAUUCGAAACAUUGGAAGACGUCCCGGCACCUCCUGAAUCAUUCCAAUGUUCUCAAAUCAGUGAGCAGGAUGUGCGAAUGAAAUGGCUGCCGCCAGGAUCACCAAACGGAAAGAUUACGAACUACGUCAUCUCGUAUUGGAAGUCUCAUGAACCCAGAUCAAUGGCUAUUGAUGCUCAAGUUGCUGGAAAUUUGCUGAUGUUCUCCGCGAUGAGUUUGAGCCCGAACACUCAAUACACGUUUGCAAUAAAAGCGAAAAAUAGUAAAGGAGAGAGUGAAGAAGCUGUGGCAGAAGUGAUGACAUCGUCUGUCAGAUUGCCCGUGCGGAAUGCUCCUGCACCAGUUCGAGACACAACAUCCCAACACUUGGCGACUGAAAUCACGAUUCGAUGGGACGAAUCGCUUCCAAGAAAACUGACUGAAGACGCGGAGAGUCCUGUUCGAGCUGUUCAAGUGUCCUAUCAGAAAACCAACGAAGACGAAUGGUUGACUUUGGAAAAGAAAUUCGAGUACUCCAAACGACGUGCUGUCAUCAAACACUUGUCUCCAAAUUCAAUGUUCCGUUUCCGAAUCCGAUUUAUCGGUGACUUCCUCGAAUCUUCGUGGUCACCGGAAUCUGAAUGGAUGAGAACUCUUCCGUCCGCUCCAUUUGCGCAACCAAUAUCACUGAAAGCAACUCCAUACGAACGAAACAGUGUGCAAUUGGAAUGGGUAGUUCCUCAUAAAUCCACAUGGAACAGUGACGCCAUCGGAUAUCGGAUUCAUUACCGCGAGUAUCCGUCGAACGAAACGUGGCAAAUGGAAGAGAUAGCUGUACAUGAUCCACACGAGGAUAGAGAAGAAAAGGUUUUGGCAAAGCUCAGCACUUUCCGGCACUACAUCAUUCGUAUGCGAUUGUUCAAUUCUGAAGGUGAAGGACCAUUCUCCGCGCCAGUCUUUGUCUACGUUGGCUACUCAAUUCCAAAACGAAAUCUGACAAAUAUCAUCACCGAGCCACUGUCAUCCUCAUCGAUUCGUGUAAAAUGGGACGCUUGGCCGAAAGAAGACAGCGAAACGGUCACUUCAUUCAAAGUUCGAUACGUCCCAGUUGCAUCUGUUCUUUCCUCUGUCAGUAGUGAAGAAGAAGUGAUGAUUGUCGAUACAAACGAAUGUAUUCUCAGUGAUUUACGCAAAUUCGCCGAGUACCAAAUCUCCGUUUCCCCCUACAACCGUGCCGGCGAAGGAAAGAUGAGUCAAGUUCGUGAGAAGACGUUGGAAGACAAACCAGGACCAGUUGGAGUUCUCAGAUUCAGUGAUGUUCUUAUGGACUCUGUCAAAGUGUCUUGGGAUGAGCCAGCUCAACCUAACGGAAUGGUCAUCGGAUACAUUGUCAAUUAUAAGGGAUAUCGAAUGCAGGAAGAGUUCAAAAAUGAAGACCAACAACGGACAUCGCGAAACUACUUCGAUUCCCAUGGGUUGGCUGAAGGCGUCACCUACUUCUUCAGUGUUUGGGCAGAGACGUCGGCUGGUAAAGGAGAACUGAGAUCAGCAAACGUGACGAUUGGACCAAGCAAAGAUGGACCAUUGCCUCCAAGCAAACCUCAAAUCACAUCUGGUCAAAGUUAUGUAACUUUGAGUUGGAACGAUGUGGCGAAUUCGGAUGAAAUUGUUGGACAUCUUCUUCAAGCUAAGCGAGUGUCAGUGGCCGAAGAAACUGAAAAUGGAUAUGUUUCACAACGACCACGAAGGAACGAAAUCAGAGGAGCGAAGAGUGCAGCUCAGACAUCGGCUUCUUCCAACUCGAACAGACCAACUCACCCGAUUGGAGAAUGGAUUACAUUGAGACCAACUGAUGGAAAGAGUGAGAAAGAACAAGUAUCCUACAGAGAGCUUCAACCAUCUAGUUUCUAUGUCUUCCGGGUGUUCACUAGGAACGUUAGAGGUAUUGGAAGAGCAAGUCCUGAGACUGAGCAACUGUUUGUUCCUGAAUCCAUUCCUGAUGAUCCAUUCUACACGACUUGGUGGUUCAUGGCUCUUGUUGCUAUGGCUGCAUUCGUAUUGAUUGUAAUCAUUAUCGCGAUUCUUUGUGUGACUGGUAGCUCUGCCAAAUAUCGAAGAGAAAAACGAUCCCGCUCGAUUGACAGUCUUCAGUUGGCUGAUGGAAACUUUGCAUCAUUCCAACUGAAAGGAACAUCAGCUGCCAACAUGACGAGAAGUCGUGAACUUCCAACUCGUCCUGGAACGACUCAAUCUUGGCUUUCUGAUCAAUCGAGGGAGCCUCCUGCGUACGGAAGUGUUCUGGGAGAUGGGCGAAACAAUGGUGGUGUUAUGAAUAUGUAUGGUUUGGCAACUGAUGUCAUUCCACCACUUCCUAACAGCGGACCACCACAUGCCAGCUUGGAAGCGAUGCAGAAGCUCAGUGCUCUUGUCGGAAGAGAUAUCAGAAGUCAGAAUACCGCAUAUGUCGUCUCAUCGUCAGCUCGGGGUUCCGAUAAUGAACGGAAUGAGUAUAUGCCGACUCGGUCGGAUCUUUAUGGAACUAGAUCGGAAUACGGUCGUGUGGAGUAUCGAGGGCACAUUCCAUCGUCAUCAGGAGGUUCACAGCCACAAGGAAGCCCACAGCAACAACAAGAACCGUAUGAUUCAUUUGAUGAAGAAGAUGAUGUGGAUGAUGACACCGUUAUCCGAGGAGACCGAACGAUGACUGAUGGAGCUGAUGACAUAGCAAGACAUUAUGGAUCGACUGAUCAAUAUCGAGACACAUGGAGGAAAGUUCGAGACACUGAUAUGGUCAGAGCACCAAUUCUCACCAAUCAACAACCAAGUAGUGCAGCUGGAAGAUCUUCCACUACAGACAGUACAAGUGAAGGUCCUUGGGCCAACAUCCCAGCUACUCCAAAUUUGACAGCCGGAUUCUCCAGUUUCGUCUAG